GCUUCGCUGGCACAGUUUUGCCCAAGCCUCGAUUCUUAGGGAGCAGUGUCUUUCAGAAUUUGCCCACUUUUCUGGUAUAACUGGUUGCAAUGGCUGGGAAUAAAGGAAGAGGGCGUGCUGCUUAUACCUUCAAUAUCGAGGCUGUCGGAUUUAGCAGAGGUGAAAAGUUACCUGAUGUAGUAUUGAAGCCACCCCCACUGUUUCCUGAUAUAGAUUAUAAACCAGUGCCACUGAAAACAGGAGAGGGUGAAGAUUAUAUGCUGGCCUUGAAACAGGAGUUGAGAGAAACUGUGAAAAGAAUGCCUUAUUUUCUAGAAACACCUGAAGAAAAACAAGAUAUUGAAAGGUAUAGUAAAAGAUAUAUGAAGGUGUACAAAGAAGAGUGGAUACCAGAUUGGAGAAGACUCCCAAGAGAGAUGAUGCCAAGGAAAAAAUACAAAAAAGCAGGUCCCAGAUCCAAAAAGGUGAACAAUACCGGCAAAGACACUUCACUCACUAAUACUGCAGAUGUACUGAAAAAAAUUGAGGAAUUGGAAAAGAGAGGUGAUGGUGAAAAAUCAGAUGAGGAAAAUGAAGAGAAAGAAGGGAGCAAGGAGAAAAGUAAAGACGAGGAGGAGGAGGAAGACGCUGCAGAGCAAGAGGAGUACGACGAGGAAGAGCAGGAAGAGGAAAAUGACUACAUUAAUUCAUACUUUGACAAUGGAGAUGAUUUCGGCGUAGACAGUGAUGACAACAUGGAUGAAGCGACUUAUUAGCUAUGAAAUUUCCCCCAAAAUAUUUUUCUGAUACAGCUUCUGCACAUUUGGACAGACUUGUUUCCUAAUUUCUGAUAAGGAAUGAGUAAGUAUUUUAUUUUUGUUUCUGUUUUGUUGGACAAUAUUUGUUACCAAAAUAUUCAGAGCCACUUUGAGUUUACAUACCCGUUACUUUACCACCUUAGUCUCUGACACCCUGACAUUCCUUCUCAGCACCUCCCUAUCCCUCUUAAGUAUUCAAGUGAAAAUUUUAUUUUUGGUGUUAUUUAGAUCGGAAUGUGCCUAAAGAGUGUCUGCGUCUUUUAAUCCAUGUAUUCAUACUUGAACAAAUUAUUCUUGGUUAACUGCUUGCUGAUCUUUUGUAAAACUAUUACUUGUCAUCAUAAUGGAUUUCUGUAACCUGAAAGCUGAUUUAAUACUGCACAUGGAGCACUUUAAAAUCCAAGAAACUUGAAAAUUUUACUUUUUACUUUUACAUGGUAUGUUUUAUGCUACUAUAUUAUGACUACAUAAACCUACCUGAGAUCUUACAAUUGCAUAUGAGAUUAGAAGUUUGUGAUAAAAAAUAUACACAGGGAAAAAUUCCAGUCGUACCGAUAUAAAUGCUACAGCUUAUAUCUCAGCCAGUACAAAGACUUGGGAUGAAUAUUAAAAAUACUUGAAUUUGGGGCUAACUUCAUACCACACAGUGUAUGAAUUACUCAUCAUCUUACUGUAAUAAGUUUGAUAUUUUGAAUAGUUGAGCUUAUGAAAAAUUAGACUGAGACAUUUAAAUUUAUACUUUACAAAACUAUGGGUAAGUUCUAGUCAUAAAUCUCACUGCAGAGUGCAUAUGUGAAAUCUGAGGUAUAAUGGCCUCUGUUAUAUCUCAGAGGACUCAUAGCUAUCUAAUUGGUUUAUAUAACAGUGCAGAAUAAAACUCAGGUCAUUUUGAAAUUAAGAUUAUUUUUUUUUGUUUUAAUUAAAAACUAGCUCACCUUUUUAUAUUGGGGGCAGGGGAAAAUACCUAAAAACUUUACCCUCUAAAGACUCACAAAUGCCAAAGAUUUUGAAGGGAAUUCUUAUGUAUUUCAAAAAUGAUUUUUUAAUAUUAUCUACCAAAAUUAAUAAAUUUAUUUUUCCCUUUUGGGAGGAUAUUACCCAUUACCUUCUACCUGAGAAUCAGAGCCCUAUACUGUAUUCGAGCUUUACUAUUAAACUCAACCUUAAACUUGAGCUUGGUUUUCUGUAAAUAAUUUCCUAUAAAAACUGCUUAAAGACCAACCAGAAUUUACCAUAUGUAUUCAUUCUCUUAGCAUCUAGAAAUAAUUGCUUCUUCAUUUAAAUUUGUCUGGCUCCCUAAAAUAUUGUAGCUUGUAAAGUUAUUGAAAACACUGUUUUAAGAAACAAACAUGUUUUCCUUACAAAAUAUUGUAAUCUGAUUUUCCCAUCUUAUAUUCUGGUGGGGAAAAUUUGUAUCAUCUGAUGCCAUUUUGUAAAGUGGCUCUCUCAGGAAAAAGAUCACUUUCAGUUGUAAUCUUCCUCAGAUAAUUCAAGAUGGGUGAGAGGACCGUUAUUAGUUCAGUGCUUAUGUUGAUCAUAUGUGAAUUAUUCCUUUAAAGGAACGUAUAAAAAAGUUUAAAGAUGCUAAAUGGAAAACAUGAAUAAAAUGAGUCUACUUUAAAGCAGUCAACUGUACUUAAGAGUAGACACCUCAAAGUUUCCAUUAUAAUAGGCAAGUAGUAACUUAGGGUUGGUAAUUAACGUGUUCUUUUUUUUAAAAAUGUAUCUUUAUUGAUUUCAGAUAGAGGAAGGGAGAGGGAGGGAGGGA